AUGGCUCAAUGGACAGCCCUCUCCUCCCUCCUCCUCGCCCAAACAAUCUACAAACACGGCGACGCAUCGUUCCCCACAAUCGCCGCCUCCCUGAUCAAACACCCCCUCCUACAAGUCGUCUCACACCCGGAGCUCAGUGGAUGGAACGUCACGGCGGAUGAGUGUGAGGCACGGUAUGAGGAGUUGUUGAGUGAGCAUGGGUUACAGCGGGAAGCUUGUGCGCCGGUUGGUCCGACAUUUAAACCAUCCGCAUCCCUCCAAAAACUGGCAUCAAUCCUCCACGGCCACCACGUCCAAGCCCUCAAAGCCGAAAUCCGGGACGAAGAGCAGAAAUUCAAGAUCCUGGUGCAAGAACUGGAAGACAUCAAAGCCGGGAAAUGGGACGAGAAGUUCGCUGCGCAACUCGGUCAAGCCGGCGAUGGUGAUGUGGAGAUGGGUGAAAGUGUGCCUACUGCGACGACUGCUGAGGCGGUGAAGAAUGGUGCGGAGGAGGAGGAGGAUGCGUCGAUGCAGGAGAUGACGGAGACACAAGUUAAUGCGGCACUCGACGCGAUUGCUCCUUCACCCGCGGCCGCGUCCGUCGUACCACCCGCCGAAGACGAGAUGGAAGGCGUGGAACAAGCACAAACCGUCCAACCAGUGGAACAAGUCGUGCGAUCACCAACCGACGCCGUACCCGUCGUCGAGGAAAACGUCACCACAGAGGGAGUCGCAGUCGCAGCACUGGAGAAGGUCACGGACGAGCAAAUCAAUGAGGUCCUCGCAAAACAAGCGGAUGAACGCGCAGCUGCACUCGAAGCCGAGACAGAAAAAGCUGUGACGCCAAUCGCUGAGGCACUCACACCCGAAGCCCCCGCUGCGGAGGCCACCGAGGAUGACCCGGCAAAGUUUGCAGAGUUGGCACAGGAUGAAGUCGCUAUCGGCACCAAACCCGAACAGACACCAGUACAAGUAGAGAAAGAGCCAGACUUCGUGCAGCCAGCCGACGAAAUCAAAGCUUCGGAUAAAGAACCACAGCUACCGGAGAUCGCAAAAGAUCAGGGUGUGAGGACAGAUCAAGAAGUAAUUGACGUCGCGGAGGAGGUACGAGACGUCACUGAGCCAGCUGCUGCGCCAUUAGAGCCAAGUCGGACCGCGUCUGCGGUGGAUUUGGUACAUACGCCUGCUGGGCCGGUGGUCGAUGUAGAGCAGGAGGAAGAUGCCGAGAUUAAGACUGAGGCGGAAUCAGCUACAGUCACUCGAGGCAGGAAGCGAUCAAGGACACUGGAAAGCAGCAACAAAGGUGACAUCGAACCAACCCCAAAACGCAAUUCCCGCCGAAAGACGGGUGCAAGCAUCGACGAAUCGUCACCCGCCCCAGCUGGAGGCGUUCCGGGAACCCCCGCAACAGGCAAGAAAUUCCAACAAAUGAUCACCGCGGUAUGGAACGAUAUAUCCGCCCAGAAAUCCGCCUCAGUAUUCACCACGAAUCCGACCGAGUCAUCGGCGCCGGGAUAUACAAGCGCAGUCUACCACCCGACCUCGCUCAAAACUAUCAAGGCUCGGAUUAGGGAUGGGAGUAUCCAGACGGCAGAGGAGUUCCACGUGGAGGUGAUGAGGAUGUGUGCGAAUGCGGUUAUGUUCAACCGGGACGGGAGUGCGGUGGGGUCAAUGGGACGGGAGAUGUGUGAGGGGAGCGACGUUCUGAUCCAAGGGUUUAGGGCUAUCCAGAGCGGAGAGGGUCGUCGGCGGUGA